AUUGGUUUCACACCUCCAAGCAAGGCCGGUAUGGCACCUACGGGCCAUGACGACGCGAGCGGUCCGUCAAUAACAAAGGUCCAAGUUCGACCCAGCAUGCCGACGAUAUCGUCGCCCACAAUUGCCGCCACGAAGAACGCUUCAUCGCCCAAACUGGCGACUCUGUCUCGAUCCAACAGCAUGAAGGAGAUGAUGGCUAAGGUCGCCAAGUCCAAAGCCAUGAACUCCAAGUUGGAGUCCAGGCUCGGUGGGACGCGAAGGCACGUCAAAUACAACGACCUGCAAUCCAAGUCGCUGGGCUGCAUCACACUGCGCAACCCCGUGAGGAGGUUUUGCAUCGAUCUAAUCAAGUCACCUUGGUUUGAUCGGCUCAUCGUGUUUAUGGUGUUGGCCAACACGCUGAUCUUAAGCCUCGUUGAUUACUCCGAUCCGUGGGCGAAUGGCCCCAACCCCACAAAACGCGGCAACAUCAUCAUCGCACACGCCAACGACGUCGCGCUCAUCAUUUUCAGUGCGGAAGCUCUCGUGAAAAUCAUCGCGCUGGGCAUCACAGGGCCGUUUUCAUACACGUUGGAUAACUGGAACAAGCUCGACGCCCUCGUCGUGAUCACAGGGCUGGCCUCCAAAGUGCUCGAGUCCCUGGACCGAGACUCCGUCGUUGGCAUCGCCCAAUUGCGCAUGCUUCGGAUUCUGAGGCCCCUUCGCACGUUACAUUCGGUUCCAGGGCUCAAAGUGCUCGUGAACAGUGUCCUGUCCAGUCUGCCAGCCCUGUUCAACGUGACCAUCUUGCUCGGGUUCAGCUACCUCGUGUUUGCGAUUUUGGGCAUGGACGUGUGGUCAGGCACGUACCACGGCAGGUGCCGCCUCACCGAAUUCCCCGUGCAGCUCAACUUCAACGCUGUUUCGCCACCGCAGAAUUACUCGUAUCCCAAUCAAUCGUGGAUCAACAUGGUGGUGACCAACCCGGCGUUGUAUCGGUGCGUGAACUUGACCAACGACUCGCCCGAGUGGACGCCACAGAAUUGCUUUUGGCCGCUCGACCCGGCAGACACGGUCGGGCUGUACUGCGGCAGUCGAGACUGCAGCCCGGGGACGUUUUGCGGGUCCAACUACGACGUGAACGGCCAGCCGCGGUUCCUCGACAUCAUGAUCAAUGCUACGACCGCGUUUUCCAUCAUGACCGAGCCCGAUUUUACUCCAAAUCUCAACUUUGGUUUAACGAGCUUUGACGAUGUUGGCAGCGCCAUGAUCAUCAUCUUUCAAGUGGUCACGGCGUCGGGAUGGAUGGUGCUCACUCAAAACACCCAAGACAGUCUGUCGUCGGUGCUCGGGGGCAUCUACUUCAACCUGGCGCUGUUCAUCGGCAUGUGCUUUCUCCUGCAACUCAACAUGGCCGUCGUGUACUUUGAGUACCAAAAGGCCAAGGAAAUGCAGGAGCUGGUUCGUCUGAGCGCCAUCCCCCCCGCGUUUCGCCACCAAGCCACGAUGAUGGUUCGAAAAGAAUCGAUCGACAACUUUUUCAAGACCCAGCAAUUCACAGAGGCCAAGAAGCUCCGCCGCGGCGAUUCCAAGUCUGCCCUCGGUCGCAUCGCCAUCUCCGUGCGCCAAAACAUGCUCAAAGUCGCCCUGUCCAAGUGGUUCCAGACCGUAGCGACCUGCGUCACGACGGUGAACGUGCUGCUGCUGUGCUCCGACCACUAUCCGUCCGAGCCCGCCUUUGACGACUGGAGCGAAGUCGUCAACGCAGGGUGCCUCGUGUAUUUUAUUCUCGAAAUGACGGUCAAGCUCAUCGCCGGCGGGGUGCGAUCGUACCUAGGCGACAAGUUCAACCAGUUCGACUUGCUCACGAUUGUGGCCGGGAUCAUCGAGUUUUUUAUCGACCCGCCUCGGUUCGUGGACGGCACGCCAGGCAACACGUCACCCAUCGCGACGUUCCGCCUCAUUCGCGCGCUCAAGUUGGUUCGGUCGUGGAAGAGUUUGAACCGGUUGCUCGUGGCGAUUAUGGACGCGAUGGGCGAGAUUCUCAACUUUCUGUUCUUCCUCAUCAUGUUCAUUUACAUUUAUGCGCUUUUGGGCAUGGAGCUGUUUGCGACCAAGUUCCAAUUCGACAGCGCCAACCGCCCACUCCCGUUCAACAACACGAACCCAACGUCGAUGCUCCACCGCACCAACUUCGACACCAUCCACCAAGCGUUUAUGGCGGUGUUUCAAAUCAUCACGUACGACAACUGGCCCGCUGUCAUGUACGACGGCUGGCUCAGCUCUGGGGCCAUCGCCCCCAUCUAUUUUGUCAGCAUUGUCAUCUUUGGGGUGUGGGUGAUUAUGAGCAUGUUCUGCGCCAUCAUGGUCGACUCGGUCAUGGAAGGCGUCGACGACGACGCCGACGACUCGUUUGACCGAAUCCAGGGGGUGUCUGUGAGUCACCUCAAGCGUGUGAUGCGCAUGGUCAUGGCCAUGGUCCGAUUUCGACGCAACGUCGUGGCUCCCAUUGCCACCGGCACGGGCGUCCACGCCACGGUGCGCAAGCUCUACACCAGUCGCAGCUUGUGCUUGUUUUCGCGUGCCAACCCCGUCCGACGAGCGUGUGUGUGGGGCAUCCACCACCCCAUGUGGAACAAGGUCAUGUUUGGGUGCAUCGGGCUCUCGUGCGUCCUCACAGCGAUCGACUCGCCCCUCCAAGACACGACGCGGGGCUUGGGUCUGGUCGUCGACGUUGCCAACAACGUGUUUGCCGUCAUCUUUGCGUUCGAAAUGGUGGUCACGAUAGUUGCACUGGGGUUCGUGGUCGGGCGCCGGACGUACCUGCGGGAUCCGUGGCGCGUCCUCGACUUCUUCAUCGUGGGGGUGUCGCUGCUGGCGUGGAGCAUCGGGGAUGACGCGGGGGGGGCGCUGAGUGGGCUCCGGUCGCUGCGGAGUCUGCGUGCGCUUCGACCGUUGCGCGUUAUCAACAAACUGCCCCAGCUCAAAGUCGUCGUGAACACGCUCUUCCAGUGCCUUCCAGACAUCGGAAGGUCCCUUGUGUUCUUCUUCUUCAUGCUGCUGCUGUUUGCCGUGCCGGGCGUUCUCUUUUUCAAAGGCGCGCUCAACACGUGCUCCAUCAGUCCGUACCAGUACCUCAACCACCCGACGUAUUCGCCGCCGCCGCCUUGGUUUCCCGCUAACUAUGCGGGCAACUACUCGAUGGCCGAGCUCGAAUCGGUAGACAUCAUGACGUUUCCUACCAGUUGGACCGUUAUGGAUGCGACCAUGCAGCAACUGCUCACUGCCACUUGCAACAUGACGCAGGAGUCGCUGGCAGCCCAGGAAUUUGUACCCACGUCGAAGCAAAUUUGUCUUUGCUUUAGCCCUCAAACGUCGUGGCUGCCGCUCGUGCCCCAGCGCUUCGACAACAUCGUCGAGUCCAUGACUGCUUUCUACGAACUCACAACGUUUGAGGGGUGGGCGGACGUCGCGAACGCGUGCAUCGAUGCCACGGGGCCGGCCAGCCAGCCGCUUGCGAAUCACCAGCCGUGGUUCAUGGUGUACUGGAUCUUGUUUAUGAUUGUGGGGGCGUUCUUCGUCACCAACAUGUUCAUUGCUGUUUUAUGCGACGCGUUCAUGCGGGAAAAGUACGGCGUGCUGGUCACGGACGAGCAGAUCAGCUGGAUCAAGGACCAGCGAAAAGUUCUGUCCCUGUCCAUGACAGUGCACUACGACCCGCCCAACGCUCCGUGGCGGCGCCGGUGCUUUCGCCUCGUGCGGCACAAACGGUUUGAAUACGGGAUCAUUACGUGCAUUUUGCUCAACAUGGCCGCGAUGACCGUCACGUACUCGAGCCAGCCGAUGUGGAUGACGACCGCGUUGGCACUGCUGAGCCGCGUCUGCCUCGUCGUGUUUGUGGCCGAAGCCACGCUCAAGCUCGCCGCGUACGGCCGGCCGUACUUUCGCGAAGGGUCGAAUCGGUUCGAUUUUGCCAUCGUCGUGCUCACGACUGUGUCCGAGCUGCUUCCUCAAAACAGCUCGUUUUCGGCAGGUGCAACGGCCUUCCGUGUGUUUCGCGUCGGUCGGGCGCUUCGCUUGAUCAACAAGGCCAAGCUCAUGAAGUCGCUCUUCAACACGGUCGUCGUGUCGCUACCCUCUGUUGGCAACGUCAUGGGGCUUCUCAUGCUGUUGUACUACAUAUUUGCGGCGCUGGGGGUCCAGCUGUUUGCCAAGCUAAACUACGGUCCCGUGAUGCUCAACACGCACCAGAACUUUCAGACGUUUUGGACGGCGUUCCAGAUGCUCAUUGGGUUCUCUACGGGCGAAAACUGGGACACGUUCAUGUGGGAGGCGUAUGCGGCCGGCUGCCCCAACAAUAGCUGCGCGUCAUGGCUGAUAGUGCCAUACUUUUACUCGUUCACGUUGGUCGUGGGGUACAUUGGGCUCAACCUGUUUUCAGCCAUCAUCGUGGACGCCAUUGGCGACGACGGCAAGUCCCCCAUCACACCCGACGCGCUGGAAGCUUUUGCAGUCAAGUGGGCCGAGUUCGACCGCUUCGCGAGCGGCUUUAUUCGCAUGCGGGAGCUGGUCGUGCUGCUGGGCCAACUGCCGCCGCCGUUCGGGUUCAAGUACGUACCCGGGUUUACCCCCCGCCGCAUUCUAAAGGCGAUCGGCGACCUCAAGAUACCCGUGUACGACAAAAUUUGGGUCCAUUUCAAGGACGUUCCGCGCGCGCUAGUGCAGCGGACGCUGAGUCAGGGAGACAAGCGACGCUUCAGCGAGAUCUCGGAUUUAGUCGUGCGGCUAGGCAUCGACCAAGAAUUCGACCUGAUUUGGAAACGGACGCACAGAAAGGCCGAGGUCGUUGCGCUCUCUGUACGACAUAAGACCCCAGUCAAACAUGUGGUGGCGAGUCAUGUCAUCCAAAACUUCUUGAAGAGUGCCAGCUACCACCACGAGCGCCGCCGACGUCGGUCGUCCAUUGUCGAAACCAUCACGAACAUGGAGUCGUAAACAGAUAAAUGCCACCUGAACAGAUUCCCAUUGGUCAUUCUAAAAUUACUACAAUCUGAUUGGCUAAGAUGUUUCA